AUGGCUGAGACCCAGACACUUAACUUUGGACCAGAAUGGCUCCGAGCCCUGUCUGGAGGUGGAAGCGGCGGCAUCGGUGGAGGAGGAAUUAGCAGCAGCACAAUGGCCUCCCCGCCUCUCUCACCCGCAUUGCCAAAGUACAAGCUUGCAGACUAUCGUUACGGAAGAGAAGAAAUGUUAGCACUUUAUGUAAAAGACAACAAGAUCCCAAUAGACUUGCAUGAUAAGGAGUUCCUGCCCAUAUUGCAAGAGGAGCCCUUGCUGCCUCUGGCACUUGUUUCUUUUACAGAGGAAGAACAGAGAAAUUUUUCCAUGUCUGUAAACAGCGCAGCUGUACUUCGGCUGAACGGGCGAGGCAGCGGUGGCGGUCCGGUGGUGGGGGCUCCUCGAGGCCGCAGUACCUCAAGGGGUAGAGGUCGAGGAAGAGGAGAUGGAGGGUUUUACCAAAGAAGUUUUGAUGAUGUGGAAGGUUUUGGCCGUGGUGGCAGGGAGAUGCAUCGCUCCCAGAGCUGGGAGGAAAGGGGCGAUAGGAGGUUUGAAAAGCCAGGUCGGAAAGACCCUGACGCUGCCACUGGACAUUUCCAGAUGAACCAUGUUCGAAACAAUUAUGAUGAUGCUGGGGUCGGCUUGCCGAGGAAACACGACUUCACACGCUCAGAGAGUGAGAAUUGGCGUACCUCUCGUGACGAUCAGAAUGGUGAGGAUGAUCAUAAUGGGGCUCGGAGUUCAGCGUGGCAUCCGGAGCAGCGGCGCCGUUUACAAUUCGACUCGCGAGACGAUGAACGUAGCUACAGAAGACCGCGGUCAGGCAGCGGCAGCCUGGACGACGAUAGGGACGCUCUGCCCGAGUGGUGUCUGGAAGACGCGGAUGAGGAGGCCGGCACCUUUGAUUCGUCAGGGGCAUUUCUCUCACACAAGGCAAGCAAACACAAUCUCCAUCGAUCACAGAAAGCCUCCAAAGAGCCAAUCCUGGAGGAGGCAGAAUUGGAUUUUAAACCCUUGGAAGAGUGUGAGGAGGCGCUAGAGGAGGAAGACAGUCAGCCCAAGGAGACCAAAGAGAUAGAAGCAGAGGCCAAGCAAGAUUCUGACCAAAAAGUAUUCCCGGGGGUAAGCAGAAUGUCGGAAGAGCCGCCAUCUGUUCUGUCGCCCGCCGCUCUUCCAAUCCCGGAGGCGCAGGCGACUCCCAAGUCUGAGUCGCCAAGCCUUCCCCACAGAACGGAGGAACCCGAGAGACCGGCUGAAAGGCAACCACCCCUUGAGCGACUGCCAGAAACCUGCAAUGUGUCCCUGCAUGUCCCCAUGUCCAACAGCAUGUCGCUACCCAUGACCCGUGUUGCCAGCACCCACACAGAAGUUCGCACGCCAUUAUCAACCAUUCAGAAGCCAAUGGAGGUUCCCCUGGCAAUGAACAACCCUCUGCCCUUUUCUUCAAGUGUGUUAGCCCCUAUUGGCAGGCCCGCCGCCAUGCCACAGGACACAGAUGAAGAUGAAGGGUUGAAGCACUUCGAGCAGGAGGCAGAGAAGAUGGUGGCUUACCUGCAGGAUGGUGUUGUGGAUGAUGACAGACUUACAGCAAAAACUCCAGAAAAGGCCAAACCUGCAGGAUUGCCACUCACCCACAAGGCUGCACUCAAGUGGUUUUAUAAAGACCCUCAAGGCGAGAUACAGGGACCAUUCAGCAACCAGGAGAUGGCAGAAUGGUUCCAGGCAGGCUACUUUACCAUGUCUCUCUUGGUUAAAAGAGGGUGCGAUGACAUCUUUCAGGCUUUGGGGGAAAUGAUGAAGAUUUGGGGGAGAGUCCCUUUCUCGCCAGGCCCUGCGCCUCCACCUCUCCAGGGUGACGCUGAUCAAGAAAGGUUGAAGAGGCAGCAGGAGCUCACUGCUCUCAACCUUUACCAGUUACAGCAGCUUCAAUACCAAUACCUCUUAAGGCAGCAGUAUGCUCAGGCCGUGGCCCAGCAGAAGGCGGCAGUACUGAGCUCGGCUCCCCUUCAACAGCAGCAGCAACACCAACAACAGCUCAAUUUAUUACAACAGCAAUAUCAAGCUCUAAAGAUAAGAACAUCAGAGAGCCUUCUACCUCCUGUUACACGUUCUCUUUCGGUACCCGACUCAGGUUCCGUAUGGGAAAUGCAGAACCCCUCCUCUCAGGCUUCCUGCACACCAAACAUACCGCCUGCUACAUCAAGCACCUGGGAUAGCAGCAGUGUGUGGGACUUGCCCAUUGACUCCAUGGCAAAGGCUCCAACUAUUGAGCAAAUGCAGCAGUUAGAGAAAUCAAAGGCUGCCAAGUUGGAACUGGAGAGGCGCGAAGCUGAAAUGAGAGCCAAAAGGGAAGAAGAAGAGAGGAAGCGCCUGGAGGAGGCUCUGCGGGCUCGUCAAGAGGAGGAGCGUAAGCGGCUAGAGGAGGAGGAGCUGGCGCGACAAAAACAGGAGGAAGCUCUCAGGCGACAGCGAGAACAGGAGGAGGCUCAUCGAAGAAAAAAGGAAGAGGAGGAGAGAUUGGCACAGGAGGAAGCUUUGCGAAAACUAGAAGAGAGGAGAAGAGAGGAGGAGGAGAGGAAGAAAAGAGAGGAGUUCCUUCGUAAACAGGAAGAGGAGCGCAGAAAACAAGAGGAGCUGGAAGCAUUAAAGAGGCGCGAGGAGGAGAAGCGGGCAGAGGAGGAGGCUGCCGCCGCCGCUGCUGCAGCGGCCGCCGCCUUGGCCCAGCAACAGCAGGAAGAGCAGAAGAGGAGGGAGCAGGAGGCACAGAGACAACAGGAACUGCAGAGACAGAGGCAGCAGCAACAGGAGGCUCUUCGGAGACUACAACAGCAGCAGCAGCUUGCACAAAUGAAGCUUCCAUUGUCAUCAAAGUGGGGUCAUCAGUCCGCCAACACUAGCAACAAGAAUCAGAACACUCUGUCACUGGCAGAGAUCCAGAAACUGGAAGAGGAGCGAGAAAGACUGGCACUUGUAGAGCAGCAGCGCCAACAGCAGGAGCUCCUGAAAAUGCAGCAGCACCAAGCCCUCCAGCAAGCGCAGCAGGCCCAGGCCAAGCUGUCUGGUUGGGGCCAUGCCGCCAAACAGGCCCCUGUUACCAAGUCCCUUCUGGAGAUACAGAGAGAGGAAGCGCAACAGAUGAAACAGAAGAAGGAGCAGCCAUCACAGCAGCAGCAACAGCAGCAGCCGCAGAAUGCCCUCUUCACUCAGCCAACCCGACCGCAGAACAGAACGGUAUUAAACAACUCUGUGUGGGGCUCUGUGAACACCAGCCCAUGCUCAAACUGGGUGUCGGACUCGAGCAGCAUCUGGGGUGACACCCACAACUCCAACAUGGGCUUCUGGGAUGAGGCUGUGAAGGAGGCUGUCCACCAGCCUCCGCCUACCAGGAAAGGAAAUGCGCAGAAAAACAAAGGCAAUGCCAAUCUCAGCAAUUCCAGUGGGCGAGCAAACAAGAAGGUGGAGGAGGAAGAGAAGUUGCUCAAAUUGUUCCAAGGAGUCAACAAGAGCCAGCAGGAUGGGUUCAUGCAGUGGUGUGAGCACACUCUGCACAGCCUCAACACCGCCAACAAUCUGGAUGUUCCCACGUUUGCGUCGUUCCUGAAAGAAGUAGACUCACCAUAUGAGGUACAUGACUAUGUCAGGGCCUACCUCGGGGACACAGCCGAGGCCAAGGACUUUGCCAAGCAGUUCCUGGAGCGUCGUGCCAAACAGAACGCCAAUCAGCAAAAAACGCCACCGCUGCAGAAUCAACCGCAAGCCCUCAAACAGCAGCAGGAUUCCGUUUGGGGUGGAACGGGAUCAUCAACACUCUACCAGGCCAACCAUACGAGUGGUCAGCAAAAGCAGCAACAACAACAUCAACAACAACAGCAGCAGCGCUUUGAGACUGUCACCUCAGGGAAGAAGAAAAAGAAGCAGAAGAUGGUCCGUGCGGAUCCAAGCCUUCUAGGUUUUUCUGUUAACGCAUCGUCCGAGAGACUGAACAUGGGGGAGAUUGAGACUCUAGAGGAUUUUUAA